AUGCCGAACGCAACAGCUAUCGAAAACAAUAAUGUUCAACCAGUUAAACGUAGUAAAAAUAAGAGAAAAUCUUUGGCAGUUGCCACAAAUGAUGUUUCUUCAUCAGGUGGUCAAGAACAACCUUCUCCUACUGUAGCAACCACAGAAUCUGCUGAAACAAACCUUGAAAAUGUAAACAAGAAUCCAUUUAUUGAAGUAGUUAACAAAAGGAUCAGAACCUUGAGAAAAAAGAUGACCAGAAUCGAGAAAUGCGAGGACGAUCUCAAAGAUGGUAAAACUUUGAACCCUGAUCAAAUCCAAUCAUGUGAACGAAAGAAUGAAAUAGCAGGUGCCCUCAAGGAAUGUGAAGAAAUCGCAAAACAAUAUGAAACAGAGAUCAAGAAUCAAAAGGUUCUCAAGAAAGAACAACAAGAAGAACGUGAGCAAGCAAUUUCAGGGGCUGUCGAGGAAGCUGAGACUGCCCAUCGACAAUCUAUUAUAAGCCUUAUCAAGUUUUUCCAUCUUUUCCAGCUUCGAUUAUCAGGUGAUGUUCAGUUGAAAGAAACCGAAUCGGAAUCGAUUGAUUCCCUUCACAAUAUGUUCAUGAGCAUAACUGAAGACACUAAAGACGAUCAGGUCAACAAGCAACGGAUUUUGGAAUGCAUGAUGCACCUUAAUAAAUUGAGUAAUGGGGAUGAAAAUAUUAUCCCUAAAUCAUUUGCAAACGGUAUUAUUGAAUCGAAUAACGAAACGGUUGUAUCUUCACCAGAAAUAAGCUAUUCUCAUAUUCGUAAUUUAAUUGAGAAUCCGCCGAUACUAAAUACCGUUGAACAAACGGAACAAGAAAAUUCGGUAGAGGAGCGGGAAGUGAUUAUUAAUCAAGAAGAAAUGGUAAAUCAUGAUGAUGGUCUAGGCGGGGCAUAUACGACGAUUCCCGCUGGUGGAUUGCAAUUUAUGUUGUCUCGAGGUAAUCACCGAGGAGGAUAUCGUGGUGGUCAUCGUGGACCUAGAGGAGGUUAUCGUGGUGGUCAAGGUAGGAGAGAUAGCGGUGGAUAUUAUUAUAGAGAUGGUGGAAAUUAUCGUGGAAAUCGUGGUGGAAAUAAUAAUUCAGGACCUCGUGGAGGUAAUCAAUACAAACAACGUUCUCAAUGA